AGACAGGAGGCGAGGACAUCCCCCUCUAACACCGUGCCAACAGAGAGAGAGAGAGAGAGAGAGAGAGAGAGAGAGAGAGAGAGAGAGAGACCGAAACCCCAUAAUGCACUGCACGCUGCAGGGCUGAAGUCGUGCAGAUUCAUCAGUUCCUGUUCGGAGGGGUUGUGUGUGAGCACACACACUCAAAAGCCAAGACUGAGUGCAGGAGAAACACACGGACAAGCAGGCAGAGAGAAGUGCCUUCUUUCGUCGACCCUGAUGGCUGUUUGGCUCGACUGAAGCCGCCUCUGUGCCUGUCCAUGUCUGCUGGAGUUUCCAGCUAUACCAGGAGCCGCAGGACUGCCAACACCACCCGCUGAGCCAGUCUCCACAACACUGACACCUCCCUGCUCUGCCCCAUCUCUUGCUCUGUCUGCCAUCCAUACCACUCAGUCCUUCUCUGCGGAUGUCAACAGAUCCUUGGCCCUUCUCUAGCUGACGACAGAAAACUUUUAUCGCCUCCUUUAAGCGAAAGCCUCCUCUCUGUGCUCUCCACCACAGCCUUCUCCGCCCUCUCUUUUUACUCCUUCUUCUCCUCUCUCCUGCAUCUUUUCAUCAUGGGCCAAACCUGAUCAAUAAUGCGUUGUGCCAUUCGUCUCGUCUGACAGUUCAGCCGAGGAUUGAGGCAAUAGAGAGAACCAGUGUGAGAGCGUACUUGAGUGAAAAACGACAGAGAGGAAGAGAGAUUACGAAGCCAAACCUCUGUGGCCGUCCCCAGCCCCGGCCCUGGGUGACAGACGUUGAAGGAUUCCUGUCAUAGCCACAAACAGACUCUUAGGAUGGGCUGCGGGUGGUAGGCCUCCUAGCCUCCUAGCCUUCACCUCAGAUUCAUGCCCUAGGGGGAAAAAAAACCUCUUAAAACCAACUUUCUCCCAUGUCCUUUCCCUGUUCUUCCUCCUCAUCUGUCUUAGUGCCAUUAGCAUCACACAGACUCACACAUAAUCGCAUUUCCUGGAUACCUGUUCCUCCUUCGCAUCGACCCCUCCUGCCUGGUCCGAAAUGGCGGUGAAUGUGACACCGAUGCGGGACACAAAGUGGCUGACGCUGGAGGUUUGUCGGGAAUUCCAGAGAGGGACGUGUUCCCGGCCGGACAGCGAGUGCAAGUUCGCCCACCCUGCCAAGAGCUGUCAAGUGGAAAACGGCCGAGUCAUUGCCUGUUUUGACUCACUCAAGGGCCGCUGCUCCAGAGAGAACUGUAAGUACCUGCACCCUCCUCCCCACCUAAAGACGCAGCUGGAGAUCAAUGGCAGGAACAACCUCAUCCAGCAGAAAAACAUGGCCAUGCUGGCACAGCAGAUGCAGCUCGCCAACGCCAUGAUGCCCGGCACACAGUUACAGCCAGUGCCCAUGUUUUCAGUCACACCCAGCCUUGCAACCAACAUGAAUGCUGCUGCUGCGCGCUGCGUUUAACCCUACCUUGGCCCCGUGUCGCCUGGCCUGAUGCCUGCUGACAUCAUGCCCAGCGCCCCUGUACUGGUCACCAGCAAUCCCAACGUCCCUGUACCAGCUGCAGCUGCUGCCGCUGCACAGAAACUCAUGAGGACGGACAGACUGGAGGUAUGUCGGGAAUACCAGCGGGGGAACUGCACACGUGGGGAGAACGACUGCCGUUUUGCCCACCCUUCAGACAGCACUAUGAUUGACACCAACGACAACACAGUCACUGUGUGUAUGGACUACAUCAAGGGCCGCUGCUCGAGGGAGAAGUGCAAGUACUUUCACCCUCCGGCUCACCUGCAGGCCAAGAUCAAAGCGGCCCAGCACCAAGUCAACCAGGCUGCAGCCGCUGCAGCCAUGACUCAGUCGGCUGUCAAAUCACUGAAGCGACCCCUCGACGCAACCUUUGAUCUGGGGCUCCCUCCUGUUUUGCCUCCUUUACCAAAGAGACCUGCACUUGAAAAAGCCAACGGUGCCACCACUAUGUUCAACGCUGGUGUAUUCCAGUACCAACAGGCCCUGGCCAACAUGCAGUUUCAGCAGCAGGCAGCCUUCAUACCAUCAGGCUCGAUAUUGUGCAUGACACCUGCAACAAGUGUUGUUCCCAUGAUGCACGGUGCUACUCAAGCCACUGUGUCUGCAGCCACCACAUCUGCCACAAGUGUUCCCUUUGCAACCGCAACAGCCAAUCAGAUUCCUAUAAUAUCUGCAGACCAUCUGACUAGUCACAAGUAUGUGACCCAGAUGUAGGAGUCUCGAUCGAACAAUGGAACUGCAGCGUGCUGACGUUGAGUCUAAGAUUAGCGAUCACCCUUCGCGUCUUGAACAUCGGGGGCAUAAAACGGAGAACCAAAUCUGAAGUGGUUUGGAAUAAAUCUGCAUGUUAACAUAGGAGGCACAGUUUGUUAGGAUUGUUUUUCAUCAUGCACACUCUUACAUAACAACAGUAAUGAACAUCAUUCGCAUCAAAGACUGCCUUUCACUCUGUAGAGGCAACUUACCUUUAUUCACCGGACACACUUUGAAUGUCAACAUGAGGCAAAUGUGCGGAGCAGUCAUCAAAAAAAAAAAAAAAAAAAGCGACUGGAUUGGUACGUCCAUUGAUCAGGAAUCAUGACUUUGUGUUUCUUCAUUGGUUGUCAUCUUUGACCUAAAUAUGUUCAUUUGUUUACACAAAGGUGCACCUUGUAUGUCAUUUGAGGAAGAAGAAACAGAUAAUCUGACUGAAUCACAUAUUAAUGCACAAUUUUGUUUCUUAUUUCAUUUUGUUCAACCAGUGAUAAUAAGGGACUUAUAGUACGGUACACUCAGAGGCCCAAAUAGCUACUGAAUGUCUGCUAGUUGUCUUUCAACCUUUGUAGCCUACCUAAGCACACGUCUUUCACCCUGCAGGUGUACCUGUGAAGUGCCAUAAAUCUCAAAACACACGAAACAUAUUGAAGCAGUGUAACAAAUAAUCAACAAUACCCUUUAAAAAUGUCUUACUUUCUCUCUUGGACAGCAUGAAGUGUCUACUUGACCUGUCACUCCCAUAGCAAAACUGCUAAUUGGAAACCCAAGAUUGUCUCAUUUAGAUAAGUGUUUUACUGAAUGAAUAGUUUUUCCCUCCCCAGCAGGUUAGAUAUAGAUCUCUGGGUGUUCAAAAUGUGUAUCGUCUCUAAAAGUCAGAUGUUGUAUGUGGGGUCUAGGCCUAAGAGAUUGACCAAAGACUCCCCUAAGAAUGACCAUGUUACGAUGAAUAGCUUCAAAACAACAGGGCUAUAAGUUGGUAUUCAAACUGCUGUGAGACACAAGUCGAAAUCAAAGGUGCAACUGGUGUGAUUUUUUUUUUUUUUUUUUCAUUUUGUAUGGUUGUUCAUAUUUUCAAGCAGGUUGUCAAAUGUAGAUCUAGUGUUUGAGUGUGUAUAUAUAGUCGGACAUAUUUAAGAAUAUUUCUUUAAUACCAGAGAACUGUUUCAGAUAGUCAGCCAAAGUCUUAUUGUGUCAUUGUCACUAGAUAUCGUGGGUAGACUAGGGGGGAAGAAAAAUGUUUUUAAAGAAAAUGUAUGGGUUGCAGCCCCAAAAGAAAGAUGGUGUUUAAGAGUAGAUCUCUAGAACUCUUUGUUUUUCGUCGUGUUCUGGGUGUGCUUCUGGCAUAUUUUCAAUCUGUGGAUAGUACAGGGAAGGUGGCGAGAAUAAAAACGAUUGUAUUACUCAUCCAAAGCCUUAGAAUGUACCAUCGGGUCAGCACAAUGCAACAUGCCAUUUUGAACCAUCCAGUUGCCUAAUCCACGCCAUAUUAACACACACACACACACACACACACACACACACACACACACACACACACACACACACACACACACAC